AUGAAACUCUCGACUACCCAGUUGUUUGUCUACCUUGUGUGUUCGACACAAGCAUCGUUCGUUUUCUUUCAGAAUUCAUUCCACGACUGCACUCCACCAAACACAAAACCUGUAUGUACAGUAAAUGAUUAUUAUUGCGACAGCACCUACAACCCCCAAUACAACAAUGUCAAUUUCAAUGCUGCUUUUGUUGUUUCUGGUGUUGAGAAGAAUGGCGAUGGUACUUACAAUGUUGUUGCCAACUACGAAGCUGAUCAAUCCGAUCAAUUGAAUGAUAACUUUGCCCAAAACAUUAAUCAAGUAUACUUUAGUGGCACCGGUGUCAAUGAUGCCAACAUUUAUAGCCAAGGUGGUAACAGCCCAAUCACUAAUCCAUUCAAAUGGUCAACUAAAUUUCAAUGCAAACCUCAAAUAAAGAAUGGAAAGUGCUGCCUCCCGGAUGGAUUUAAGGUCUGGUACAAUUUUAAACAAACUGGUCUUGGAUGGCAAGCAUUGAAUUCAGUUUUUGGUCAAGCAACAAGUUACUAUAAUGUUAAUGUUUGGGCUGGUUUUGUAUCAACAUUUGAUCCAACAUCUUUGUUUAGUCAACAAUUGUCGUUCAACAAGAGAAAUAAUGGAGUUGAAGAAGGUGAAGAUGUUGGUCAAGUAACUACGUUUGAUAAGAGAAGUUUGAAUACUUUGAUUAAUUUGUUGAAUAGUUGCACUCAUAACCAUUGGGGAUUUAAACAGUUCUGCUGGGAUUGUGACUGUACCCCACCAUCUAGUUCGUCAACCCCACCAUCUAGUUCGUCAACCCCACCAUCUAGUUCGUCAACCCCACCAUCUAGUUCGUCAACCCCACCAAGCUCGUCGGCUCCACCAAGUUCGUCGGCUCCACCAAGUUCGUCGGCUCCACCAAGUUCAUCUGCUCCACCUAGUUCAUCUGCUCCACCAAGUUCAUCCCAACCACCAAGCUCGUCAGCUCCACCAAGCUCGUCAGCUCCACCAAGCUCGUCAGCUCCACCUAGUUCAUCCCAACCACCAAGCUCGUCAGCUCCACCAAGUUCAUCCCAACCACCAAGCUCGUCAGCUCCACCAAGUUCAUCCCAACCACCAAGCUCGUCAGCUCCACCUAGUUCAUCCCAACCACCUAGUUCAUCCCAACCACCUAGUUCAUCCCAACCACCUAGUUCAUCCCAACCACCUAGUUCAUCUGCUCCACCAAGCUCGUCUGCUCCACCUAGUUCAUCUGCUCCACCUAGUUCAUCUGCUCCACCAAGUUCAUCUGCUCCACCAAGCUCGUCAGCUCCACCAAGCUCGUCAGCUCCACCUAGUUCAUCUCAACCACCAAGUUCAUCCCAACCACCAAGUUCAUCCCAACCACCAAGCUCGUCAGCUCCACCAAGCUCGUCGGCUCCACCAAGCUCUUCUCAACCACCAAGUUCAUCUCAACCACCAAGCUCGUCAGCUCCACCAAGUUCAUCCCAACCACCAAGUUCAUCCCAACCACCAAGCUCGUCAGCUCCACCUAGUUCAUCCCAACCACCUAGUUCAUCCCAACCACCUAGUUCAUCCCAACCACCUAGUUCAUCUGCUCCACCAAGCUCGUCUGCUCCACCUAGUUCAUCUGCUCCACCUAGUUCAUCUGCUCCACCAAGUUCAUCUGCUCCACCAAGCUCGUCAGCUCCACCAAGCUCGUCAGCUCCACCUAGUUCAUCUCAACCACCUAGUUCAUCCCAACCACCAAGUUCAUCCCAACCACCAAGCUCGUCAGCUCCACCAAGUUCAUCUCAACCACCAAGCUCGUCAGCUCCACCAAGCUCGUCAGCUCCACCAAGCUCGUCGGCUCCACCAAGUUCAUCCCAACCACCAAGUUCAUCCCAACCACCAAGCUCGUCAGCUCCACCAAGUUCAUCUCAACCACCAAGUUCAUCUCAACCACCAAGCUCGUCUGCUCCACCAAGCUCGUCGGCUCCACCAAGUUCAUCCCAACCACCAAGCUCGUCAGCUCCACCAAGCUCUUCUCAUCCACCAAGUUCCUCGGCACACCCUCCAACCUCUUCAGCUCCAACAUUCACCGCCAUCAUUGAAACUUCAACCGUUCAAUCCACUACAGUUAUUACCAUCACCUCCUGUUCACAUGGAGGCUGUUCCACAAUUACAGAAACUACAGGGUUAACUGUAAUCACCGAAGGUACUACUGUAUACACAACUUAUUGUCCUUUAACAGGAGAAGCAUCUACUUCAACCAUUACUGAAGGUCCUAAUAAUGCGCCUGGUAAUGGAUCUGGAACUAACAAUGGACCCGGUAGUGGUUCUGGUUCUGGCAGCGGUUCUGGCAGUGGUUCUGGUUCUGGCAGCGGUUCUGGCAAUAGUCCAGGAUCUGGCAGUGGUUCUGGUAGUGGUUCUGGCAGUGGUUCUGGCAGUGGUUCUGGCUCUGGCAGCGGUUCUGGCAGUGGUUCUGGUUCUGGCAGCGGUUCUGGCAAUAGUCCAGGAUCUGGCAGUGGUUCUGGUAGUGGUUCUGGCAGUGGUUCUGGCAGUGGUUCUGGCUCUGGCAGCGGUUCUGGCAGUGGUUCUGGUUCUGGCAGCGGUUCUGGCAAUAGUCCAGGAUCUGGCAGUGGUUCUGGUAGUGGUUCUGGCAGUGGUUCUGGCAGUGGUUCUGGCUCUGGCAGCGGUUCUGGCAGUGGUUCUGGUUCUGGCAGCGGUUCUGGCUCUGGCUCUGGCUCUGGCUCUGGCUCUGGCUCUGGCUCUGGCUCUGGCUCUGGCUCUGGCUCUGGCUCUGGCUCUGGCUCUGGCUCUGGCUCUGGCUCUGGCUCUGGAAGUGCAUCGAGUCCAGGAUCUACAGGUAGUAGUGGUGAAGCCAGUAAUGGAUCAUCAGGUAAUGGUAAUGCACCUUCUGGUGGUGCUAAUGGGCCUACUCCUGGAUCGAGUGCUGUAUCAACGGAGAAACCAUCACCAUCGGUACAAGUUGUUUCUGUGGGUGAAUCAGGCGAAGCUUCGUCGUCAUCAUCAUCAGCUGAACUGAAUCUUCCUCAGAUCUCGGCACUUGCCGGUUCUGGUACUGCUAUGGAAUAUUCCAUAGGUGCUGUUUUAAUGGCUGCUGCUGUUGUGUUGAUUUAA